UAAGACAAAAAGACACACAGAGAGUCACACACAAAGACAAAUCAAAAGAUAUCGAUUCUGAAAGAAAGAAAGAAAAAAACAAACUUGUUGAGAUAAGACGAAGAUUCGUUUGUGCAAAGAGAGACAUGGUGUUCCGAGGCGACACGGUGAUGUCCGUAGCCCACUUCUCUGCGGAUAUAUUUCAGCGGUGGAUCCCGGCGUCGGAACGAAUCAGAAGCGGCGAGAUGUUGCAGCUCGUCUGCUGUUUUCCACUUCAAGAGCUUGGUCGGUUCGUGGCAUGGUUCUGGAACUAUAUAUGUGUUCCACCCCCUGAGAUAUUAUAUUAUGAGAGAUCAUCAUCGUCGUCGUCUUCUUCGAUUGUUAAUAGCCAGAACUACUAUCAUCUUCACUUGGAGUGACUAUGUUUUUCAUUUCAAGUAUUAUUGUAUAGAAAAAAAAAACUACUUGGCUGGAGUUUCUCGGGGUUGUUGGAUUGAUCGGAGUAUGUUUAUCAAUCCUUGUUUAUUAGAAUCAAGGGAUAAUGUUUUUGUUAAUUCGUGAAGGGAUAUGUAAUGUUACAUGGUAUAAUCAUUGGAUGUUAUCUCUAUGGUAACGUGUAUUUUUUAGGCUAGAAACUAGUGUGGAUGAUCAAGUUCUCAAGCAAUGGUUCUUCUUUGUGUAAAGAUCAGUUUUUUUAAGCAGAGUGGUCUCAAGAUAAAGCAAGGUACCUUAAUCAAAUCAUUCAAAUCACUUACUAUCAUCUUUGGGAGUGUGUAAUCCAUUUAGGUGGUAAAGUUUAAACCUUUAUUUGUGUAUAAUAAAUUUACACUGUAUUCUUCUUGAAGGUGUCCUACUGAUUAGUUCUUUUGCUUGUCUUUUUUCUUUCAGGUUUGAGAAGUUUAAUGGAAUCCAGUUCAGGAUUAACGUUGUAUGGCAGCAGUGGCUUGGCUUGCGACGAGUUUGGGCCUUCUCCAGUAUGAUAUCAUUGUUCUAGAUGCAGAGCGUACCUUCUCUCAAGAUUUGUGUUAUGUUUCGGUUCUAAAGAAGAAAAGGGUUUACAUAUCCCUUUGUUGGUUGAAUCGGUUUGGUUAUCAUGUGAUUCUUUCUUGUAGCAACUAGCAACAUAAUAGGAUUAGUCUCGUCUUUCCUUUAGCCAAAUGUUAGUUAAACGAUCUAACUUGGGCCAAGUCUGCGGAUAGGGUCCAAUCUUUUUCUAUAGGAAGUUCACAAGGUUGUAUUGUUUUUCAA